CAAACAGUGCAAAAGUCAAAAAUUUAGUCAGAUGCAGGUAUUAUUCACGUGAUCCGUGUAUUUAGAAUCGUUAUCUAAACUGAUAGCAUGUGCCAUCUUACGUCAGUGCUCGUAGUAUUUGUUGGGCGGGACCGGACGAGGAACGCCAGUCUAUCCUUGCUGCGACUGCAGGCAACAUUGACUAGUGAACUUAUGUUCGUUAGUGUUUGUACAGUUGUUUGUCGUAGAGAAGUUUAUUACUUCUCGAGCGUGGACUCAAGAAGAGAUAAAACUUGUCCAAGACGUUUACGAGUGGCUUGAACUGCUUCUUGCAUAGUGAGUUCUAAAUAUCAAGCCAACUAUUGGAAUACAACGGACUUGGAGAUGGAUUCAGGGGGAAGUUGUUAUGUCCCAGCGGCAGCUCAGACAUUCACUAGAACGCUUCCAGGGAAUUCAAAUUUCAUCCAGCCUGGUCACUUUUUACAAAUUGCACCGGUUACCACCCAGACAUAUAACAGAACCAAUUAUAACACCGGUUUUCAAAAUGUAAGUUAUGAUGGCAACUCUGGUUUUACUUUUAUUAACUCAAACACAUGUCACCCUCAUAAAUUGUGCUCAAAUAACAGAAGUCCUCAAAGUAAACAGUGCAAUCAUCCAAAAGAAAGCAUAGAAAGUACUAAAAACUAUUUUUCACUGAAUGAUAGUUCAGAUAGUUCAUUAUUGGAAGUCAAAAAGGACUUUCAUUGGGGUAAAAAUAUCCCAAUGAAUAUCAAAGACCAGUGCGGUAGAUUCAGCCACGAGAAUGGCCUCACACAGUUGUCCCAUAUUGAGGACCUACUCAGCAACGAAUCACCAAUGUCCAGGAGAAUCAUUGAAAUUCCCCAUUUACAUGACAAGGUUGCCCAAGAUGAUCGAUCUAAAGAUGAUAAUCCUUCAUUAAGCAUCCCAACCUCUUCGAAACGUGAGAAUCUGACUGCUCCUCUGGGAACCCAAAACUUCGAAGACCAGUUAUUACCAGACAUCACGACUUUUUUUGACCUCGCAGAAGACAUCGAUGAAAUAAUAAGUCCAUUACACCCGUAUGUCAACCAUGAUACAGACAACUUUCGAAAUGAACAACUUGAGUUCACACCCUUCUCAGCAUUGCAGACAGAAAUUCCAAUCGAUUUCCGAGAAGGAUUCAUCACGCCAAGCCACAUAGCUGAAACUCCACUUGGCAACCUUUCUCAUGUAAAAGAGAGUGAGUUUGUUCACGAUGGAUUACAAAAUAUCCAGGAUGGGACAAUGAGAGGUGAAAAUGUAUUGCUACACUCCGAGUCCUCCAACGAGACUUCAUCCAGCUGCUCCUUUUAUCCUCCAGUCAAUAGUAGGAUCAAAAGGGAACCGAGGACGAAUAACGAUUAUAUUAACCUCGAUAUGGUAGCGAACAGCACGUCCUUGGAUGAUCAGGAGAUAAGAAAUAAGGUGAAGAUCAAGAACAACCAGGCGAGCAAGAAAUCCAGGGAUAAACAGAAGGAAGAAUUUAGGAUACAGGUGGAAAAGUGCGAAAGACUCAGAAGAGAAAACGAAAUUUUGAAGAGAACAGCAGAAAAGCUUGAAGAGGUCUGGGAGAUGGUUGCACUGAAGAGACCCAAGUAUUAAUAGAAUUAAGAUUCCAUGUGUGCAUGUAAUUUAUUGUAUGUAUACUCGUAUAUUACAAGUAUAAUAAUUACCAUGAGUGCUGCAAAGUAAUAAUCAAGCCUAAAUUGAUUUUUACCAAAAGUUACAGAUUUUCCAACUGAUUAAUACGCAGUGUUCUUUCAUAUUUAUUUUGUAUGUCAGAAACAGCAUUGUAAAGCGCAUUUUGUAUUAAAUAUUUAAAUAUUUUUUUA